AAUAAAUACCGCCGCAAUUUAAAGAGGCGUCUCGGAAACCUAGCAGUCGCUCUUGUCAAAUUUUUCCAUGGAUGAACACGCUAUCAACGAGCAAAAAUUGCUGAAAUUGAAGGUUACUGAUGCAUCCCGAUAUGCGUUUUUGUAUAUUACGGGAGAAGGCGCAGAAGAGAAGGCGUUGAAACUUAGUGGUAGUGACGUGGGAGGAUGGACUGUAAUUGUCAUUACUGAUCGGAUCACAGAACCUUCUGCUAGAAGAGCCCCAAACAGCAAGUAUACAACCAACUUUCUUGAAACCCGCGCUCUGAUUAAAGUGACGGGUUAUGACGCUUCGCUUCCUGCCGAUGAUAUCAAGACCGCACUGAGCAAACAUUUCUCCUCAUGUGGAGAGAUCGAGAAGGUCACCAUCGGUGGUCAUCCCAGCAGCUGCAGGGCCAUUGUUUAUAUAACGGGAGAAGGCGCACAAGAGAAGGCUUUGGCACUUAGUGGAAGUGACAUGGGAGGAUGCAAACUAGUUGCUAAGCCUGCUAUGGUACCGGUUAAAAACAGGAAGCGCAUUCAUCAUGGUGCUCCUCACCUAGCUCACUUGUUUAAGGAGGCUCAGAUGUAUUGGGGAGCUCAGAUGGCUAAGACUAUGAAGAAUACUGAGGAGGCUAAGAUGUUGUGGGUGAAUGAGAUGGGUAUGGGUAGUGAUAUACCUCCGGAGGUUAUGAUGUUGUGGGAUGCUGAGAUGAGUAGGAGGGAUUUAUUACCUAAAAACUAAAUAAUCAUUGUGUGGAUUUUAUUAACUAAAAACUAAUUAAGUUAUAUUAUAUAAGCCAAACUUAUGAUUAGUAUUUGGAGAAUGUUUGUGCUGCCAAUAAGUUAUAUAGAUAAUAUAUCGGAUUAUCACCCUUCCAAUGUGAUUUAUAUCUUUCUUUGAUAUUCAAGAAUUGCUUUUUAAUCAA